UAUAACCUCGCCUCCACCUCCCCUGUUCUUCUCCCUCGCCUCCUCCUUGCCUCGACACCCCAUUGCUUUAGAUUGUUCACGAACCCCUACACGACCGACGAGAUGUGCGGCAUAUUUGCGUACUGCAGUUUCCUCCAGGAGAAGGACCGCAAGACGAUCUGCGAAAUUCUCGCCAAUGCCCUUGCGCGUCAAGAGUACCGAGGCUAUGAUUCUGCGGGCAUCGGCAUCGACGGCGACAAGCCCGGCGAGAUGUUCUUCUUCAAGGAGGUCGGCAAGGUCGCUGGCCUCCGCAAGAAGAUCGCCGAGUCAAGCGUCGACACGUCCAAGACGUUCCUUUCGCAGGUCUCCAUCGCGCACACGCGUUGGGCGACGCACGGCCCGCCGUCAGUGGUGAACUGCCACCCGCUCAAGAGCGACCCCAAGGCCGACUUCACCGUUGUCCACAACGGCAUCGUCACAAACGCGAGUGCGCUCCGUCUCGUCCUCCAAAAGCGUGGCUACAAGUUCGAGAGCGACACGGACACAGAGGCGGUCGCGAUCCUCACGAAGUACAUUUAUGACUCCCAGCCAGACAAGUGCAUGAGCUUCACGGAGCUCAUCAAGACGGUCCUCAAGGAGCUCGAGGGUUCUUUCGCGUUCGUGUUCAAGUCUGUCCACUACCCCAACGAGAUCGUGACUGCCCGCCGUGGAUCGCCCCUCUUGAUUGGUGUGAAGACGGAGAAGAAGCUCAAGGUGGACUUCGUCGAUGUCGAGGUUGCUGGUCCCGAGGAGACUGUCGAUGCUCUCGCAUCCCCUGUCCAGAACCGCCCGGGAGGCCUGCUUGCUCCCCCCUCUUCUGGCCCGCCCAACCUGCUCCGCUCGCAGUCGCGCGCAUUCAUGUCUGAGGACGGCAUGCCGCAGCCGAUCGAGUUCUUCGUCGCGUCUGACGCCGCGGCGAUCAUCGAGCACACGAAGCGCGUGCUCUACCUCGAGGACGACGACAUCGCGCACAUCGCCGAGGGCGAGCUGCACAUCCACCGGCUGCGGAGCACGCACAAUGAGGGCGCGCGCGCGACGCCAGCGCACCGCACGAUCGAGACGCUCGAGAUCGAGCUCGCGGAGAUCAUGAAGGGCAAGUUCGACCACUUCAUGCAGAAGGAGAUCUACGAGCAACCCGAGUCCGUCGUCAACACGAUGCGUGGGCGCGUCAACUUUGACAAGAGCCAGAUCACCCUCGGUGGCCUGCGCGCGUACCUCCCGAUCAUCCGCCGUGGCCGCCGCAUCGUGUUCUGCGCGUGCGGUACCAGCUACCACUCGGCGAUCGCGACGCGCGCGAUCUUUGAGGAGCUCACGGAGAUCCCCGUCAGCGUAGAGCUCGCGAGUGACUUCCUCGACAGGAAGACCCCGAUUUUCAGGGAUGACAUCUGUGUGGUCGUCAGCCAGAGCGGUGAGACGGCGGACACGAUCUUGGCCCUCCGGUAUUGCUUGGAGAGGGGCGCGCUGUGCGUCGGUGUCGUCAACGUGGUCGGCUCGACGAUCUCGCGUGAGACGCACUGUGGUGUUCACAUCAACGCUGGCCCCGAGAUUGGUGUUGCCUCGACGAAGGCAUACACCUCGCAAUACAUCGCGCUGCUCAUGAUAGCUCUGCAGCUAUCCGAGGACCGUAUCUCGCUGACGGAACGCCGGACACAGAUCAUCGACGGCCUUCACGCACUCCCUGGUCAGAUCCGCAGGGUGCUCGAAGGCGAUUCGAGCUUGCAGGAGUUUGCCACCGGUGUGCUCGCCAACCAGCGCAGUCUCCUGCUCAUGGGGCGCGGGUACCAGUACGCGACGUGCCUCGAGGGCGCGCUCAAGAUCAAGGAGAUCUCGUACAUGCACUCGGAAGGCAUCCUCGCGGGCGAGCUGAAGCACGGGCCGCUCGCGCUGAUCGACGAGAACAUGCCCGUGAUCAUCGUGAUGACGCAGGACUCGCUCUACCCGAAGGUGCAGAGCGCGUUCUCGCAGAUCACCGCGCGCAAGGCGCAGCCGAUCGUCAUCUGCAACGAGGACGACGAGGACAUCCCCAAGGGCGUCAAGACGAUCCGCGUGCCCAAGACGGUCGACUGCCUCCAGGGCCUCCUCAACAUCAUCCCCCUCCAGCUCCUCAGCUACCACCUCGCCGUGAAGAACGGCUUCGACGUCGACUUCCCGCGCAACCUCGCGAAGUCGGUGACGACGGAGUAAAGGCAUAUUGCGCGCGGAUGGAUGUCACAUGGAAGCUGGGAGGGAUUAGGAAAGACGGACCUUCGCAUUGUUGUUGGACGCUACUGUAAGACUUUUGACUACCGACUUUCGGAUACCUCUGUUUGGGCUCUCACGUGUGUAAAAGUAAAGGUAACGGAAUAUUAGACCUUUCCAAUCA